CCUCAUUAACCAAUCAGUGAUGACCGGAGCUGAUGGCCCUUCAAACCUUCAAAUCUGGUUCAGGCAGGUUCUACUGCUGAGGUUCCAUCAAACCGCCCCAGGAGAACCAGAGCACCAGGACCAGGAGACCCCAGAGGAUCUACCCCCAGAGGAUCUACCCCCAGAGGAUUUACCCCCAGAGGAUCUACCCCCAGAGGAUUUACCCCCAGAGGAUCUACCCCGAGGAUCUACCCCCAGAAUACUUACCCCCAGAGGAUCUACCCCCAGAAUAUUUACCCCCAGAGGAUCUACCCCCAGAGGAUUUACCCCAGAUGAUCUACCCCAGAGGAUCUACCCCCAGAAGAUCUACCCCCAGAGGAUGUACCCCAGAGGAUCUACCCCGAGAAGAUUUACCCCCAGAGGAUCUACCCCCAGAGGAUCUACCCCCAGAAGAUUUACCCCUAAAGAAACCAACUUAUUCACCAAGUCACUUUUUACCUGAACUACUCAGGUACUAACUCACUCAUUAUUUAUCUCACUCAGGUUGUUGUUCAGGAACUAAGUCAUCCUCUCACAGCCAACUCGUUACUAAUGAACCAGCUCAUUAACUAACUCAUUAACUAAACAUCACACUAACUCAUCUACUCAUUGUCCACCUCUGGACCCAAGUUAUCCACUCAUCUUUGAUCUGACUCGUUAUCUCAUCAGUCACUCGUUCUGAAACGUGUCCACUGAUUCGUCUCAUUUAUAUCUUUAACUGUUAAUUCGAAACAAACUGAUUAUGAAACUAACUCAUAAAGCAUCAUUAGCCACUAAACCAGGACCUCACUAGUACUAAUUAAUCCACUUGUGAAUCCACUAAUUUACCCACUGAUUAACCCACUACAUAUGUAACUCCUCCACCUGUUCAGUCGGUUCUCUGCUGUCGACUGAGUUGUGUUUGGUUUGGAGCUGUGCUGUAGGUUUCUGCCAGCAGGUGGAGCUGCAGGAUUACCCAGAGUUACCACGGUAACCACCAUCGUCAUCGUGAAGCUAGUUUAACUGAGACUGAAAGAGGAAGACGAGGAGGAAACAAGACAGACGGAAAAAGACAGACGGCUGCAGGACAAAGAGCGACAGAAAACCAGAAACAGACGAUUAAACUGUCUGUCCACCUACCUGUCUGUCUGUCUGUCUGUCUAUCUGCAAACAUGUCCUCCUGGGCUGACAGUAAGACAGCCUCCCAGUUUGCGUCUCUCACUUUGAGGUUGAAGGAUAAGCUCCACCCACCGCGAAUAAGAGGCUCUGAGCGAAUCAAAAACACCGAGAGUCAAAGAGUCAAACCACCUGACCUGCACCUGCAGCAACACAAGGCGGGUGGUGUGUUGGUGGACCAGCAGCGGGCCGUCCUCAGCUCCCUGCAGUACUUCAAAGCUCUGGUGGACAGACUGGGAGUGGACAGGCCCGGCCGGGACAAACUGGUCCUGGACCAGUCGGUGGUGGGCCGGCUGCUGGGCGGGGCAUCCUCUGGCGUCCUGGAGGCGGUCCAGACUCUGGUCCAGCUGGAGCCACACCUGCACAACAGUAAGACCAUCUCCGUCUGUCUCGCACGUCUCUACGGCUCUCUGGCUCAGCUGAUUCGCUGGGCCGACCAGGUGAUGCUGCAGGGCAUUGCCCACGGCAACAAGGAGUCCACGGAGAGCGUCACCACGGUGAUCAGGGCCGUGCUGGACGGUGUCAAGGAGCUGGUUCGAUUGGCUGCAGAGAGACAAGAUGGCUCCGCCCCCUUGUCUCCUGUCCAAUCGCAGCCUGCCAUGGGACAGUCAGACAACACGGUGACACCUGACUGGACAUGGACAGAUGGGGAGGAGGAGACCGUUUUAGCUCCGCCCAAACCUCCGAUGCCCCUCCCAGAGCCCCUCCCCCCAGGCCAGAGUCCUCCAGCUUUGCCUCCAAAGAAGCGUCAGUCAUCCUCAGGCCCCGCCCCCUGCAGGGUUGCCAUAGUAGCACCAUGGAGACGAGAGCCUGAAGUGGACCGACAGGAGUGUGAGGACGACAGUUUCAAACAACGUUCUGCUCAGAACAAACUCUGUGAGGACGACCCGGAUUACGACUUCCUCCUCACAGACCUGUCGUCCUCGGAGACGUUGCCCCCUCUGGCCCCUGCCCUUCCAGAGAAGAGACGACGCAGCACCGCAGGAAUGACCCUCUCUCAGACCCUUCCUUCCUUUGGAUUUGACUCCGCCCCUCCAGGUCAGAGCCCCGCCCACAGUGAUGUCACUGGUGAUGAUGAAGCUGGCUCCUCCCCUCUGUCCCCCAGCAAGACUCCGCCCCCCCUCCCCGAGAAGAAACGACACAUCCAUCAGUACCUUCAGUUCUGUUCGUCCUACUCCAACCAAUCAGCUGUCAGUUUCUAUAAGAGGUACAACAGCAGGCAGCGGGAAAUGGACCAGUCGUCACACUCUCACCUGGACACAGACUCCGCCCCCUCACCUGAGCAGCUCCCAGCUCCUGCUCUCCCACCGAAGAUGAAGCAGCAGGAUUCAGCAGAUACACAACCUAAACGUCACAGCGCAGACAGAGCCCAGCAGGAUCCAGGAGGAGCAGAGAGGGACAGUGAGGAGGAGGUGGAGGAGGUGGAGGAGGUGAUCCUGACCAACCAGCAGGAGAUCCUCCACAGAAUCACCAUGAAGGCCGAGGAGGAAGAGGGGCCAGAUGUGAAGGCAGCCUCUCCUGAGAUCCUAUUGGUCCACGCCACAGCAGCACCAGUAAGCAAGCAGGACCUGUACUGUGAAGCCUUCCUCUGCACCUACAGAAGCUUCAUCGGCCCAAAUGACGUCAUCAGCAAACUGCAGCACCGGUACAGACACCUGUGUGACAGACAAGAGCCUGCAGCCGCCAGAAACACCUUUCACCUGCUGGACAGAGUGGUGGAAGAACUCUGCACCACCGAGCUGGAGUCUGAUUUGCUGUCGCUGCUGAUGGACCUAGUGUUCAGCCUUCUGAUUGGUGGAGAGCUGGGACACGCCCACCAGCUGCACUCCAACAUCCUGUCCAAGAUGGAGAAGAGGUGGCAGCUGAUUGGCUGUCCUCAGUCACUCCGCCCACUUGCUGCCAAAGGUGUGGCAGCCAGACCAGGAACUCUUCUGGACUUCAGGAGUCAGGAUUUAGCUGAACAGCUGACUCUGCUGGACUCUGAGCUAUUCUACAAAAUCCAGCUUCCAGAGGUGCUGCUGUGGUCGAAGGAGCAGAAUGAGGAGAAGAGUCCAAACUUGACGGAGUUCACUCAACACUUCAACAACGUCUCCUUCUGGGUUCGUUCAGUCAUCAUCCUUCAGGACAAACCUCAGGACCGAGAGAAGCUGCUGCUCAAGUUCCUCAAGAUCAUGAAGAACCUGAGAAAGUUGAACAACUUUAACUCGUACCUGUCCAUCCUGUCAGCACUUGACUCCGCCCCCUUGCGCCGCCUAGACUGGCAGAGAAGCACCUCUGAGGCUCUGGAGGACUUCAGCUCUCUGAUCGACAGCUCGUCUUCUUUCAGAGCCUACAGAGCAGCUCUGGCUGAGGUGGAACCUCCCUGUAUACCCUACCUGGGUUUGAUUCUUCAGGACUUGACCUUUGUCCACCUGGGGAAUCCUGACUUCUUGAUGACAUCACAGGGUUCAAAGGUGAACUUUUCCAAACGCUGGCAGCAGUUCAACAUCCUGGACACUCUGAGGAGCUACCAGCAAGUCCGCUACUCUCUGCAGCCUGACGAUGACAUCAUUUCCUUCUUCAAUGACUUCAGCGAUCACCUGGCAGAGGAGGCGCUGUGGGAACUCUCCCUCAGGAUCCGCCCAAAGAACGCUCCUCGAGCCAAUCAGAGAUGAGCCGUUAUGACACAGCAGCGUGUCACACAGCUGCUGACCAAUCAGGGACACCUCCACAAGGGGGCAUCAUUAAGACCAGGACAGGAACUGAGCUAACAGAUAGCUACCUCAGGUGGACAUACCUACUGCUCACCUGAACAGGAACCAAACGGCUCUGGAGGAUCCUCAAACCUUCAUCAUGUUAGCAGGAUGCUAACCUUUUAGUAGAAACACCUGGACGUCUCUUUAGGUUCCACCUUCAUCCAAGGUUCUUCUUCAGUUCUACGAGACUGACAGGAGUUUCAGGUGUUCAAAGUCCCUCCAGCUCACCUGGAUAAUAUCAUGUUAAUAAGCAGGUGUCCACUGACAGAACAGUAUCAGCUAGCUAACCUAGUGUUAGCUGGUGUUAGCCUGGUGCUAGCUGUUGUUAGCCAGGUGUUAGCUGGUGUUAGCCUGGUGCUAGCUGUUGUUAGCCAGGUGUUAGCUGGUGUUAGCCUGGUGCUAGCUGGUGUUAGCCUGGGUUAGCUCGUAGCCUGAUGCUAGCUGGUGUUAGCCAGGGUUAGCUCGUAGCCUGAUGCUAGCUGGUGUUAGCCUGGGUUAGCUCAUAGCCUGGUGCUAGCUGGUGUUAGCCUGGUGCUAGCUGGUGUUAGCCAGGUGUUAGCUGGUGUUAGCCUGGUGCUAGCUGGUGUUAGCUAGGUGUUAGCUGGUGUUAGCCUGGUGCUAGCUAGUGUUAGCCAGGGUUAGCUCAUAGCCUGGUGCUGCAGGUGAACUCCUCUCUGGGAUCAUCAGUCUGGUCGAACUGAGGAAGAACCUUGAAGAAGGAGAAGCCUCUUCAGGAACCAAUCAGAGAAGCCGGUUACCAUCUACUGACGACAGUUUAAUUCACCUGCUUUCACCUGAUUGGCUGAAGGAUAAAACCUCAUUAAUAAAUGUCAGUAUUCCGGC